GAAAGCCCAGUGAGCGGAGGACUAGAGAGAAGGAUGCAUGUCCUGCCCUCUCCUCCUCGCUUGCACACAGAGCUGUCGGAACGCCCCCCUGCCCCGACUCCCGCCGUCUCUCUCUAGGACUCUGGGUCCCUUUCCAGAUGAGGCUCCCGGGAAGCCUGGGCCCCCUGGUCCUCCUGCUGGGGCUGGAGCUGGCCCUAUGCAGGGGCCAGGCGACUUCCCAGUACUGCGGGCCCCAGGGCCAGGCGGAGAGACUGCAUUUUACCAGGCUGGGCAAAGGUCGUUGGCUGGAUCCUCAGGCCCGGCCGCCGGGGUCCCUGGAUCCCCUCUACAGGAUGGUUCGGGGCUUCCUGGACGUGGUGCAGCUGAACCCCUUCCCAGAAGGGUUGGUCCGAGUGGCGCUGAACGAACCCGCCUCCGUCAGAACCUCCGAUGUGGUCCGGUAUGAGGCUGGCUACGUGGUGUGUGCUGUGAUUGCCGCCCUUUUCCUCCUAAUCGUGCCCACUGUCGGGUUUUGCUUCUGUUGUUGCCGCUGCCGUCGGCGCUGUGGGGGCCGGGUCAAGGUCGAGCACAAGUCUAUGGCCUGUGAGAGGGGCAGCCUCAUGACCUUCCUCCUGCUCAUCACUCUUCUCCUGCUGACUGGCGUGGUCUGUGCUUUCAUUACCAACCAAAGGACACAUGAGGAGGUGGGCCCCGGGGUCCGCGCUGUGCCUGGGAUGCUGAACUCCCUCCAAGGCUUGGUCUCUGACGUCCCCAAGGAGCUGCAGGCAGUGGCUGACCAGUUCUCCAUCCCCCAGAAUCGCGUCUUGGACGAACUGGAUGGUGUUGGUGUAAACAUUGGCAGCACCAUCCAUACCCAGCUCAGGGGCACGGUCUAUCCUAUGCUAGCCUCUCUACACAGACUGGGCCAAGACUUGCAAGUUGCUUUGGACCACCUUCAGCUACUCAACUCCAGCACAGUCUAUCUACAGAAUCACCAAGAGCCCCUGGGUUCUUCUCUGCAGGACCACAGGCACAAGCUUCUUUCCCUGCUCCAGGACCCCCAGUGCCAGGGCUGUGCCAGUGUUCUGAGUCACAGCCAGCUCUUGGAACUGGAGGCCAAUUUUAGCCAGGUACCUUCUGUGAUUAGCGUCCUCCAAAAGUUGAAGGGUGUCCCAGAGGCUAAUUUUUCCAACAUGGUUCAGAAGGAUAACAGCACCUUCAAUACACUCCCACUUCUAACAGCUAUGGAGACAGCAGAUGUAGUUCAAGAGCUGAAGGAAGAAGUGACCCAGAUCCCAGAGCAAGUGAGGGGCCUGUCUGAAGGCUUCCCAGGCUCUGAGGCUGCUGACCGCUGGAGGCAGGCUCUGGCAGAGGCAGAGAAUAGUAGCAGACCAUACCUACAUAUGAUCCAGAAAUAUGAGAGAUACAGGUGGGUUGCAGGCUAUGUGCUGUCGUCGGUGGUCCUUUUGGUGGUCAUCUGUAACCUGCUGGGUCUCGGUUUGGGCCUGUGGGGGAUAUCUGCCCGAGAAGACUCCAGCCACACAGAAGCCAAGGGCGAGGCUGGGGCCCAGUUUCUCAUGGCGGGUGUAGGCUUAAGCUUUCUUUUCUCUGGACCCUUCAUCCUCCUUAUCUUUGCCACCUUCCUCCUGGGGGGCAACAUCCAGACGCUAGUGUGCAGAAGCUGGGAGAGCCAGGAGCUAUACCAGUUUGCUGAUACUCCAGGGAACCUGCCGCCAUCCAUGAACCUGUCCCACCUCCUGGGUCUCAAAAAGGACGUCAGCAUCCCCUCUGCCUAUCAGCAGUGUAAGAAAGGUGCUGCUCUCUGGAAAGUUCUCCAGCUUAAUGGCUCCUAUGAUCCAGAAAAGCACCUGGACAUCAAUAAGUACACUGCCCGACUGCAAGAAGAGGUGAGAAAAUUUAGAGUUGAUAUGAAAGAUCUGGACCUUCUCAAUGAAGCUGCAAAAAGAGAUUUAGAAGCCUUCAGAAGCAGUGGGAUUGAGAAGAUUGACUACCCCAGCUUCCUUGCCCAGGUCCAGAAGCCAGUAUUGAAAGUUGACAUCUUGAAGCUAAUCAAAGAACUGGAAAAAUUGGGUCAAGCCCAGACUGAGUCUGCCCUGGGGCAACAGCUGAAGCAGGAGGCUCAGGCUUUGCAAGCUCUUUACCAGGAGAAGAUCCUUCUUCAGCAGGCCCACGCGGUGGCAUUGAAUCGUAGUGUCCAUGCUCUGUCAGCAUCUGCCUCAAACCUCCAGCUGGUGGUUUCAGAAACUCUGGUCAAUGCAAGCAUCCUGAAAACUGAGCUUCCUGUCCGGGCUCACUGGAUUUUGAGGAAUGAAAGUGAAUGCUUCCUGAAUCGAGAAAUGGCAUACUUCAAUCAAUACGGGGACUGGGCUAGAGCGAUGGUUACGGAACACAUUGCCACUUGCCAACCCCUGUCUGGGGCACUGGACAACGGCCGGGUGAUCCUAUGUGACCUUAUCGCUAACCCCUGGAAUGCCUUCUGGUUCUGCCUGGCCUGGUGCACCUUCUUGCUAAUUCCCAGUAUCAUCUUUGCCAUCAAAACCACCAAGCACUUCCGACCUAUCAGAAAACGCUUAAGCUCUACCAGCUCUGAGGAGACCCAGCUUUUUCACAUCCCCAGAGUCACGUCACUGAAACUGUAGGAUCCAGGCUUCUGGGAGGGCCUGGAUUUUUUCCCAGACUACCCUCGCCUGCCCACUGCCAGAGGGUGAGGUGCAAGCUGCUGAUCUCAGAGGGGAGGAGUCCUGUCAGCUUGGACGCCUGUAUCACUUGCC